CGGGGUCUGGUGGGAGGAGCCGCAGCCCCCGCGGCCGCCUGGCGCUUCCUGUUUCCGGUUCCCGGAGCGCUGCGCUGCGAGGCGCUCGGGGGGAGGAGCGCCGGCCCCGGGCACGAGUUCCAGGACGGAGGUGUGCGGCUGGCCGCCCGCUGGCCCCCAGUCUCCCUGCGGUCCUGAGCCCCUGCCCGCGGCAUGAUGUUCCCCGCCUGCAGGCGCUGGAGGACCCGGGCGCUGGCGCUGCCGCUGCUGCUCCUGGCCGUGGCCGUGAGGGAGUCCUGGCAGGCAGAGGAGAAGACCUGCGACCUGGUCGGAGAGAAGGGGAAGGAGUCGGAGAACGAGCUGGCGCUGCUGAGGAGGCUGAAGCCGCUGUAUAACAAAAGCUUCGAGAGCACCGUGGGCCAGGGCUCCGACACGUACAUGUACAAGUUCCGCGUGUGCCGGGAAGCCAGCAACCACUCCUCGGGUGCGGGCCUGGUCCAGAUCAACAAGAGCACCGGGAAGGAGAUGGUGGUGGGGCGGCUCAAUGAGACGCACGUCUUCAACGGAAGCAACUGGAUCAUGCUCAUCUACAAAGGCGGGGACGAGUACGACAGCCACUGCGGGAAGGAGCAGCGGCGCGCCGUGGUCAUGAUCUCCUGCAACCGGCACACGCUCGCGGCCAAUUUCAUCCCCGUGUCCGAGGAGCGCGGCAAAGUGCAGGAGUGCCUCUACCUCUUCGAGAUGGACAGCAGCCUGGCCUGCUCCCCCGAGGCCUCGCACCUCAGCGUGGGCGCCAUCCUGCUCAUCACGUUUGCGUGCCUGGUGGCUGUCUACGUCAUCGGGGGCUUCCUGUACCAGCGCCUGGUGGUGGGCGCCAAGGGCAUGGAGCAGUUCCCGCACUUGGCCUUCUGGCAGGAUCUCGGCAACCUGGUAGCGGAUGGCUGCGACUUCGUGUGCCGCUCCAAGCCCCGAGGUGCGCCUGCCGCCUACCGGGGCGUGGGGGACGACCAGCUGGGGGAGGAGACCGAGGAGCGUGACGACCACCUGCUGCCCAUGUGAAGGGUCCCGCCCGCCACCGUGCCCGCCGACCCCGGGAGCGGCCUCUGCUCCCGCUCGUCUCGCCCGCUCGCUGCGCUUGCUUGCCAGCCUGCUUCCGGCCUGCCGCCUCUUCCCACCCCAGAAACGCUUUCUCUCCAGCGCCCGACCUUCCCCUCGCGCCGCAGGGCUAGUGACAGGCAGGGGGUGUCCGGACAAGGGCCACCGUGGCCUCUGGGCAGCAGAAGGUACAGGAGGAGAGUUUCGGUGAACAAAAGGGGACCUGGCAGGUUCCCCGGCCCAUUCUUUUUUCUUUUCCUUUUUUCAAAACAUUUUUACAAAAUUUUAGACACUGGAUUUCUGUGAUUUUUUUUUUUCCCCACACACAAAAAAAAGCGACAAAA